AGGGGUGGUUGGACUAGCCGGUUCCUGGCAGUUCCACGUUGGCUAGCCAUGGAAGAGUACGAUGUGAUGGUUCGACUGCUGCUGCUGGGUGAAGCAGGCGUGGGCAAAAGCUGCAUCAUGCAGCGCUUUGCCGGCGAGCCCUUUCAAGAAGCACAUGUCCCCACCAUUGGAGUGGAUUUCAAGACCCGGCGCCUGGACAAACCAAAAUUGAGUGCCAAGGUGCAGAUCUGGGAUACCGCGGGCAACCGCCGGUAUCGCGUGGGCUGCGGCUUUGGCGGCCUCUUCCGUGGAUGCCAAGGUGUGAUCCUCAUCUUCGACGUCAGUGACAGAGAGUCCUUCAACAACCUCAGGCACUGCAUUCGGGAUGUGGAGGGCUGGCGUCAGGGCGAGCCUUUGAUGCUACUCCUCUUGGGCAACAAGGCCGACCGUGCAGCAUAUCGCGUCGUGUCUGCGGAGGAGGCGCUUGCCUUCGCCGAGUCAUGGAACAUGCUCUACCUGGAGACCAGCGCAAAGCACAACUGGAACCUUCAGGAGGCGUUUGAGCACUCGGUGGAGGAGUUGGCCCGGCGCCAGCUCGGUGCUUGUGCCGGGCGGGUCCAGCAGCCGCCGAGCCGGCGCAGGCGGCUGCUGGCCUGGCUGGCGUGGUUGCGCUGCCCAUGCUGCCGCUGAUUUUGUUUCCUUGGCCAGGAGCUUUGUGUACAGCGCAGAGUGCGGGGUUUGGUCCUCUCUCCACGGCAAGCGCGGGUCGCGUGGGUCGCGUGGCCCAUGCACAGAUCCGCGGCAGGCAUCUUUGUGUAAGAUCUCUUGGAGCGAAUCUCUGCAAAAUCUCUUGCAGGAUGUGUGAAAGAGGAUGCUUGCAAGGUGUUUGCGCAGGUCUUUUUUACAGGACCUUUGCAAGAUUUCAAUGCAAGAUCUCCUCGAGAUCUCGGUGUCGAUGCGCAGGCUCAAAUCGCCGCGCCAAAGCAAGAGCGACUCGCAGCACCCAAAGUUUGCAGAGGGCUCGCUCUUGAUGUUCGCAUUUUGCAUCGCUCCAGUUCCUAAAUGGUUCUUUCGCGAUAUGCAAAAUUUGUUUGCCGCAUGGAAGCGAACGAUUCAAUACACAAAGCCUGAUGAGGGCUAGUUCGAACCUGGUACAGCCGAAACGUAGGCUCCGCGGUGAACCCUGUCUAGGGGCAAAGGGA